AUGGCCUCCGCACCUCCGUCCCCUGCCUUGGUCGGCCGCUCCCGGGCCACUCCUAUUAAGUCGGCCUCGCCUUUCCACCGAAUUCCUCGGGUACCAGAAUUCAUGUCUUCGUCCUAUCCCACUACCCGUUCGGUAGCAAACUACAGCACACUAGCUAGCGACAUGUCAAGCCUAACACUGGUCCACCGAAGCCAUCUAUCAAACUCGUCAAGUCCGGUGAUAGGGCCUGUUCAAACUUCGGACCUUGGGAUUUCUGGCCUGCCCUUCAUGAGCUCGCCUUUAUCUACCUCUCUGGAGAACCCGGUCCCUCUUGACCUGCCUGAAGGAAUACUCUCUAUUCCAUUUCAUCAAAGCCUGACAUAUCCCGCUGACUCUACCCUCAUGAAUGUCGCACCCAAUAACAACAACAAUACCGUCAACAAUAACAACAAUAACAACAAUAGCACUGUCAAUAGCAACAAUAAUACUAAUAGCACCAGCAACGCCAAGGGUCCCGGCCUGAUGAGAAGGAUAUCAAGAGGAGCCGCCAACAAGCUCUCCCGCCGCCGGCGGUCGAACUCCCAGGAUAGACGUGACAAAGACUCUGGUCCAGUUACAAUGCUCAGACGCAACAACAGCAAGUCGACCACCUCAGCAUCCUGGGAUAGCGCUCUGGAUUCAAGCUACGAAGAGGACGAGUCAUGCGAUACCCUCGGGACAUGGUGCUGCCCUGACAGCAGCAACGCUAAAAGUGACUACCAACGAUCCAUCACCAGUACCGCCAGUGGCACCGCUCCUAAGGUUGACCCCAUCCUUCAGCGCGGUUGUACCUUGGUCAAGGUAAACAAGCUGAAGAAAAAACCAAUGACUUUCUAUCUCGAUUUCGAUUCUGGGAAAAUCUUCUGGAACCUGUCGAAUCCUUCCAAGCGGGUAUACAUUGAUGACAUCAAGGAAAUACGACUACAGGGAGAUGCUCGGAUGUACAGAGAGGAGCAUCGCAUCCCCGAAGAAUUCGAAAACCGCUGGUUCACUAUCAUCUACAACAACUCUGAAGGCUCCAAAAACCGCGCGGUCAAGACCGUCCACCUGAUUGCCCCUGACGAAGCUAUGUUCAAGCUCUGGACCACUACCCUGGAAAACGUUGCUCGAUACCGCAUCGGACUCAUGGUAGGCUUGACCGGCUCGGUCGAGAGUGAGGCCAUUCUCAAUGCCCAUUGGCAACGAGAGAUAUCUAGACGUGCUUCCCAAGACCCCAAGGCAAUCGAAGAGAACAGCCUCGAUGGAGAAGGGAUCGGAAAUCUAUGCCACAGCCUGCAUAUAAAUUGCUCUAAGGAGACCCUGCGCAUCCUAUUCGCUCGGGCCGAUACCUUGGGCACCGGACGAGUCAACUUCGCACAGUUCAGAGAAUUUUUCCAGCUACUCAAAUACCGCCGAGACAUUAAAGAUCUGUAUGAUCGUCUGGUUACCGAUGACGCACAAGGGAUGACCCUGGAAAACUUUCUCGAUUUCGUCCAAUAUACGCAGCGCGAAAACGUCGAGGGGAACAGGGAUCACUGGACUUCUAUUUUUGAAAAGUUCGUCCGUAAAGCUCGGCUGCGUUCGCAGAGCCAAUCGGACGCUAUCCUCCCUGAAGAUGCACCCAUUCGUAUGAGCUUAGAUGCAUUCUCUGCAUUCUUGAUAUCUUCUACGAACGGUGUCUAUCCGUCACACGUUCCCGAGCCAAAAUUCAACCAUCCACUCAACGACUACUUCAUUUCAAGUUCACAUAACACCUAUCUCCUGGGAAGACAGGUUGCUGGAUUCUCGAGCACAGAAGCUUACGUCACUGCGCUUCAAAAGGGCUGUCGAUGUGUUGAAGUUGAUUGCUGGGAUGGAGCUGAUGGCCGUCCGAUCGUCUCCCAUGGAAGAACGAUGACCACCAGCGUCCUUUUCGCAGACUGUAUCUCUGUCAUCAACAAAUAUGCGUUCCUGUCGUCAGACUACCCUCUUAUCAUCUCUCUUGAGGUACACUGCAACCCAGAGCAGCAACUCGCCAUGACCAACAUCAUCAAGGAUACUUUCAAGGAGAAGUUGGUCCUUGAGACACUAGGAGAUGAAUGGCCUGUUCUGCCCAGCCCAGAGGCCCUGAAACAUCGUGUUCUUAUUAAAGUCAAGACUUCUGAGGAGAUCAUUGAAACUGGCCCGGCUACUGUACCACCAGGGCUCAUCAGCACCGGACGCAAGCGCAGCUCAAGCUCUCCAUUCAUGCCCCCAACCGUACUAGAAGACCCACCUCACAGCCUCCCUCCUCUUUCUUCACCACCGACAAUCAGCAUAGGAAGCGAACCCGUACCCCCGCCGCUUGGCAGGCGUGCCUUCACAGCAACAAGCGUCUGCAGUACCUCUGAAGAAAGCGACAUCGGCCAAAGCUCAGCUGCCAUUCAUAAAGAGAAGAAGCGAGGUCAAAAAAGCAGGAUUGUUAAGGAUCUAGCUGAUCUAGGUGUUUAUACCCGUGGGUAUAAGUUCCACAGUUUUAACUCUGCAGAAAGCAAACGGUUCAACCACGUUUAUUCCUUCGCCGAACGGGCAUUCGAAAGCAUUUGUCGAGACUCAGAGAACAAAGCUCUCCUCGAAGCGCACAACCGACGUUUCUUGACUCGAGUAUACCCUUCUGGCUUCCGUGUUCGUUCAUCCAACUUCGAUCCAAACAUCUUCUGGCGUCGCAGCGUGCAGAUGGUCGCUUUGAACUGGCAGACAUACGAUGUCGGAAUGCAAAUGAACCAAGCUAUGUUUGCCUCCGGGACCGACCGCACCGGAUACGUUCUCAAACCAGAAAGCUUGCGAUUGCCACCAACUUCAUGGAAGGGACCAGGCCUAAAACCUAAAGUUGAUAGGAAGCUUGUCCGAUUCUCCAUCGACGUGAUUUCCGCCCAGCAACUGCCCCGGCCGAAGCAAAUUGGUCUCGACGAAAACAUCAAUCCCUACGUCGAAAUUGAGGUUUUCAGCGCUGACGACAAGACCAAGGGCCUCGCAUUCGGAGAAGGAGGAAUGGAUACAUCCGAUCGUAACGGUCUAUCUGGCAUCGGCCAUCCCCACCGUCGCCGAACAGGCAUCGAGCAAGGAAACGCCUACAACCCUAUCUUCAACGACCAGUUCAAGUUCUCCUUGGAAACCAAAUACCCAGACCUCGUCUUCGUGCGCUGGGUCGUCUGGAACUCUCCCGAUGGUAGGAGCGUCGGCAACAACUGCACCCAACUAGCUACUUUCACCGCAAAGCUGAGCAGCUUGGCCCAAGGAUUCCGCUACCUACCUCUAUACGACAGUAACGGCGACCAGUACCUUUUCUCCACGCUAUUCUGCCGAGUGACCAAGAGUGAACUUGCACCUGUCAUCCCGCCGUUUGAUACCGAGGAAAUUAAGAACGAACGCAGAGGUAUCCUCAAACAAAUCGGUCAAUCUGUGCUGAAGAGAGCGAUAUCUACUGAACGCGACUCGUCAAAAGCCAGCAUAACCUCAAACGAAUAA